AUUGGACCGAAAAAUAGUGUAAAGGUGGCAACUUUACUAAAACCCAGAUAGGGGAGAGAGACUAGGGUUUUAGAAUUAGCUGUCAAAAUUGAAGCUUGAUCAUCCAAAAUGGUGGUGGCGCUCAGAUUAGGGUACCCAAUUAUCUGUAGAUUGGUUUCUUCCAGGACCAAAAGUUUGGGUCUUGGAAAUCUAAAACCCUCCAAUAUUUCUCUUCAGAAUCAGUUGCUUCACAGACCCAUCAGCUCAGAAAUCUCAAAGCAAGCCAAUUUCACAGUCACUUACCUCAUAAACUCAUGUGGGUUGUCCCCAGAAGAUGCAAAGUUGGCAGCUAGUAAGGUAGAGUUGCAAUCCCAAGAAGGAGCGGACUCUGUUUUGGCUCUUUUGAGCAGCCAUGGCCUCUCUGAAACCCAGAUCUCAAAGGUGGUUAAGUCACACCCAAGAGUCCUUGUAGCUGAUCCUGAGAAAACCCUUUCACCCAAGCUUGAGUUUUUCAGCUCUGUUGGGCUCUCAAGGGUGGACCUUGCUAGAGUUCUAAGUUUUAAUCCACAUCUUUUGUCAAGAAGCUUGGAGAAUCAAAUUGUGCCCUCUUAUAAUUUCCUCAGGAAUAUGAUUUCCAAGGAGAAUGUUGUGGCGGUUUUGAAGCGCAGGUCUUGGAUGUUCUUGGAGAAUCAUUCCAGGAAUGUGAUGCCCAAUAUUGAGGCUUUGAGGGAGUUGGGUAUGCCCAGAACAUGCAUUUCUCUGUUGCUUGCUCAUGACACCCAAGUGUUGAUGCACAAUCAUGAUGAGCUUGUUCAGCUUGUGAAUGAGGUCAGGGGGAUGGGAUUUGAUUUGAAGAAGUCGACUUUUGUUGUUGCACUGAGAGCAUUGUGUGGGAAGAGCAGUAGGGCCAUAUGGAAUCGAAAUCGCGAGAUUUACAAGAGGAGUUGGGGCUGGUCUGAUGAUGAUGUUAUCUCUGCUUUUAGGAAGAGCCCUCAGUGUAUGAUUUUGUCUGAGAAGAAGAUUAUGCGGACAAUGGAUUUUCUGGUGAAUAAGAUGGGAUGGUCUGCAUCAAUGAUUCCCACAUAUCCUGUAAUUUUGUGUUUCAGUUUGGAGAAUAGGAUCAUCCCGAGGUGUUCGGUUGUCAAAGUUUUGAUGAAGAAAGGAUUGGUAGAUGAAAAUGCGAGUCUGGCUUAUGCGGUGCUGCCCGCAGAGAAGCAAUUCUUGGAGAGGUUUGUGACCAGAUAUCUCAGCCAAGUGCCUAACCUGUUGAGUGUGUAUGAAGGGGAACUUGAUUUGCAGGAUGUAUGAUCCUUUGGGUAGCUUCGAGUUCUGAUUGGUGUUUGAUGCUGCACUAACUCAAAUACUCAAUGGUAGCAACUACUUUUGAACUGUAGUAUAAGUCAUUGGAGCGCUGGAACAUGGCUGGCAGAAGUGUACGAAGAUUCAAUAUCGGCCUUUGCACGGUCACCAGUUCAUUGAUUACAGUGAGUGUCACCUCGGCCAGUUAUGGCUAAGGGUCUGAUGGCUUUGCCAUAUUGAAUAGAAGUCAAAAGAGUCGGGUCAUAUAUUGGUCUCAAGUUAGAACACACGAGAUAACAAAUGUUUCUGAUAUACCACCUUCUAUAACAUAUCAUGUUUCUAUUUUUAAGUUCAAAUCAACAAAUUGAGAUCCAUUGUUAGCGUCAUG